UAUAUUGGCAUAUAUUAUUACAGUGGUCGAGUAGAGAAAUUAGAACUGAUGUCAGGGCCACAGCCACCGGAGUCAAAGACUGCAACAACAUACGAGUCAAUAUCUGGGGGAGAGAACAAAACCAAGAUUGAGAUACGUUCAGGAGAGGAUCAGGGUAUGAUUCAAAUAGAUAAGUUUCAGGACAAGUUCCAAGAUGCUGCUGGAAAAGGUGGCCCUGUAUUUGGUGCUGGUAAAGAUGAAAACAAGCAGGACCUUGGUGUUACUGGGACACCUGCGAAUGAGAACCUCACCUAUAAUUUAUAUUAAGCUUUUUAUGUACUGUACUGUAGUAGUAGUGGUGUAAUAGU